AUGAACGCCACUGGCGCACUGCCCACACCAAAAGAGCCAGAGCGGGAGACGUGGCAAUUGCUGAUGCAGCUGGGUCUCGACCUUAGGACGCGGCGCAAGAGCUCCAUCAUCUCGGCGGAAUGCGGCAUCGAUGACGCCUAUGACUUUCAGGAUUUGCUGGGCAAGGGUGGCUUCGGGAAGGUCUUCCAGGCCGUUUCCAAGAAGGACGGACAGCCCUGCGCCAUCAAGUGCGUGGACAUGAAGAACACGGAUCCUGAAGUCUUUCAAAGAGAGCUGGAGCAGGCGCGCAAACUGCAGAACCCGCAUUUGGUACGCCUCAUUGCAGCCUACCAGGAUGAACGGACUUUCUUCCUUGUCAUGGAGCUGUACCAAGGCGGCGACCUGCUGACCGAAGUCACGCAGCAUGGCCUUCGGCGCGAGGGGAGCGGCUUGGCCGUGGGCAUCCCGGAGCAGUGCUUGGUGGAGUACGCAUGGCAAAUGUUCUCGGCCGUGGCCUACCUCCACUAUCACUUCAUCGCCCACCGGGACAUCAAGUGUGAGAACUUCAUGAAAGCAUCGCUCGCGGCGAACGCACCUCUGAAGCUGAUCGACCUGGGGGUGUCUGCCUGUUUUAAGGGGGGCCUCACGGAGGUGGUUGGCACCAUCACCACCAUCGCGCCGGAGGUCUUCAGUCGGCGAUACAACGAGCAAUGCGACCUCUGGAGCGUCGGAGUGACGCUCUUCAUGUGCGCAGUGUGUAUGGAACCCUGGGUCACUGAUGGUGGUGUACGCUACAUGAACGAGUCGGAGAUCAAGAGAUGCCUGGUCGAUCCCGGAUUUCAAAUCCCCUACGAUCGCAGGAGGUGGGACCUGAGAAGCACGGAGAUCCGGACGCUGGUGCGGUCGCUGCUGGUGCGGGAUCCUCAGAAGAGGCCGCGCGCGCAGGAGGUCCUCUCCCAGAACCGAUGGGUGAAAGGCUGCAGGAAGCCGCGCUGCUGCCGAUGGUUUUGA